AUGGAGAUAAACGAGAAGCAUAACAACCCUAAUUCUCAUAAGCGUCUCAGAGGAGAUGCACUUAUUUCCUGGUCAGAUCUUCCUCUAGAUCUCUUGAAUUUGGUUUUCAAACGCCUCAGCUUUCCUGAUUUCGAACGAGCUAAAUCCGUAUGUUGGUCUUGGCUAUCCUCUUCGAGACAAGCCGUACCCAAAAGUAGUAUCCCUUGGCUUGAUCUCUUCCCCGUAGACAACAACGAAAGUAGUUCUUGCACGUUGUUCAAUCCCGAGGAAACAGACAAACUUUACAAAACGCAAGAUCUAGGUUUGGAAUUUGCAAAGAGUGUUUGUAUGGCAACCUUUGGAAGUUGGUUCCUUAUGCAAGAUCCACGUCAGAAUCUCUACAUUGUGAAUAUCUUCACCCACGAGAGGAUCAAUCUACCUCCUGUGGAGUCACAGCUUGGAAGGAUAAAGAUAGAGCGAACUGUAGAUGAUUGGUUUCGUUUUGCUUCCAACGGACUGGUUUACAAGUACAAAGUUAUGAGAAUACGAUCCCCAGUGUUUUGGAUUGACGAGAAAACCAAAGAUUAUAUAGUUCUAUGUGGACUUUUACGAUUAUGUGUAGUUUAUUCCAGGAAAGGAGACACCUCGUGGAAGCAAAUCCCUGAAUUUUUAGAUUGUCGUGACAUGUUUUACAAGGAUCACAAGCUUUACUUGUUAACCUUUUCUUCCUGGUUUAAAAUCUUCGAAUUUUCUGGAGCGAUUCCACAACUUACCUUCAAUUCUGGUGUUAUUGGGGAAGGAUUUCAUUUGACUCAAGGCGUCGUUGUUGCCACAAAACUUGUAGUCACAGUAACAGGACAAGUCCUCAAGGUUGAAAAAUUCUGGAUAAGGGGCUCUAGUACCGUGUCCUUUAGGGUUUUCAAGAUUGUUUCAUCAGGAUUACUCACGAAACAACAAGUGGUUAGUUCUAUCGGAGACGAGACGUUGCUUUUUGAUCAAGGCAUCACUGUGCUCGCCAACGACAAUGAUGGAUUCAUUAGAGAUUCCAUCUAUUUCAGUCUCAGCGAAACUGAUAUCUUUGUUUUUCAUCUCAAGACACAGAAGACGGAGCCGCUGCACAGAUUUGAUCGUUCUUCAGUUCAAUUCUCUGGAGCUCGAUGGUUCUUACCAACUUUUACGCAAAAUUAA